CUCCGGGACAGACAGGACCGAGACGAGAAGCAAGAUGAAGCACCUGCUGCUGUUGGGGAUGGCUUUUGCCGCAAUCCACGUCAGCCAUUCAAACAUUCCAGACUUCUGUCAAUUGGAACCAGAUUUCGGUGAUGGCACAAGCUUCAUUCAUUCAAUCCAUUUCAAUCACCUCAAAGAUCGCUGCGAGCCUUUCAUAUACUCAGGGAGCGGAGGAAACGCCAACCGUUUUGAAAAAGAAAGAGACUGCAUGAGAAACUGCUCUGUCAAUGCAGAAACUAUCUACCCCAUUGAUGAAACGAAGGCUUGUCACAUUAAGAAGGACUCAGGUCAAUGCAAAAAUCAGCUUCUGAGAUACUAUUAUGAUUCCGUUCAUGACAAAUGCAAAAAGUUCCAAUGGACUGGUUGCAUUGGAAACGGAAACCGAUUUUUCUCCUAUGAAAGCUGCAAUCACACCUGUGAUGGAAUCCACGAUGAUGGUGACGAAAUUGAGGAGGAGGAGCCAGACACUCCUAUUGCGAUCAUCUGCGGAGUUUUGCUUGCUCUCAUUAUCAUCGCCAUCAUUACAACUGUGGUCGUCUUGACAGUUCAAUCAAAGAAAAAGAACCCAAAGACGAAGGCAGGAGGAAAAAAUAAAGAUCCAAAGUCUAAUGUACCUCUUCAGGAACCGGCAUUGGAAAUGGCAUAGAUAUCAUUGUUAUAUUCAAUAUCAUCCAUUACAACAUGUGGAGUUUUUACCAGAUUGGUUUAGUCUUUUAACACCAGUGGCCUUAAAGCCAAACAUAUCAACUAAUAAUUCGGUUUAAGUUAGAUUUUUCCUUUUUUACUUACAUAUGCAAAUGGCCAUUACAGUUUUGUUCAAUGUUGUGUUUUGUUUCCCCUCAAUGCUCCUUUAGCAAGUGCUUUCAAUCAGUAAUACGAACUAGAUCUGUUUAGUCUGAGUGUGAUCAAAAUGCAAAUAGAGUUGAAACAAUGUCUAUUAAUUCACAAACAGAAUCAUCAACUAUUUUAAUAACGAAUUAAUGGCUGAACUAGCUUUUCAACUGUUGGAAUUAUCUGCUUCUAUUAUGUGAUUAAAAAAAUAGGUUUUACACUGUUGGUUGAGCCAAACUAGCAAGUUUAAGAAAAUUUUACCAAUUUCUUACAUUUCAUUGAGAAAGCAAUUAAGACAUGAAAUGCAUUGUGAAUUGCAGCCAUAAAAUAAACAAAACCAUUGUUCCAUCAAACGAGGUCGAUUAGAAGUCAGUCUAAUGGAAGAGAAGUCAAGAGCAGUAUCACAUUAUUUCAUAUUCUGAUUCUCAUCAUCCUGUACAUUGUUAACUGACGUCAUUUUAACUGUGUGAGUUCAUAAAUCACUGCUGGGUUUCCAAAAUAUAACUGCAUCUUCGUGUCGCUCAACCAUUCGCUGAAAACUGUGUAAAGUUUUCUGAAUGCACGUGCCCAUUCAAAAACCAACACAUAUAUUUAGUGCUGCUUUUGUCCCGCUUGUUUUUGUACUGAGGUGCCCACUGCACACUCAUGUUUUCCUUCAUAGCAUUUGUAAAUCUUUAGUUUUGGGCUGUAAUGAUUUAAACAUAAAAAGUUUCAAAUGUUUUUCUUUUUUAUCAUACAAUGUACAAUGUGGCUAUAAGAUCAUUCAACUUUGAUCUGUAUGUUUUUUAUUUGGUGUAAAAAUAUUUCUAAAUA